UUCAGCUGCCACUCAGUGACAGCGCAGGAAGUACCGCUACAGCUUUUACCACUUUUCCUACAACCAGAAAGCAGCGUGAGCAGCAGUCGACUGAGGAAACAACAGCUACAGAUUACUCCCUGGUUGUCGUCGUAUGUGUGACACUGGUUUGCGUUGCGCAGUUGGCUGUUUUUCUACUACAGAUUCUUUACAAAUGGAGGUCCAAGAAGGAAACUGAUGGUUUGAACAAUGAGGAAACAGACAGCAAAAACAUGGAGUUUGCCACCUAUGAAAACUUGGGUCCCUUCUCCCGAUGUGAAGACUCCACCUACCAGAGUCUCGACUUUGCCAGCAGGGAUAAGGACCAGAUCUACUCUACACUUCCACAGGACGUGUAUAGUUGCUGAAUGGACACUUUUUUAUAUAAAGCUGUGUGUUUGGUUCUUCCUUCAUCUGAUUUACUUUAUGCUGAACGAUAACAAGUGGGACAAAGUUCCUUUACAAAUAUAAGCAAAGUAAAAUCUCAUUAUUUUCUCGAUUUAUCUUUUUCUGUUAAAAAUAUCAGAAAAUAGCAAAAACUGUUGGUUGUUAGUUUCCUAGAGCUUAUAUCGCCACAGAUGACAAGCUGGAGGGGGCAGAUUUCAAAAGCAGAGGCCGUAGGGGGAUACAUUUAAAAUCUACUGAAGAUACUUUAACCAAGGUACCAACCAUGUCAUGCUAGCAUAUCGGGGAGGAGGCAAAAUAAUGUUGUAAAAUUGGGCGAAAUAUUGGCGAUGGAAAAACAUUUUCAAGGCAUUUUUAAAGGGAUUCCCUGACCUCUGAAGUCGACAUAUCUGAAUGAAAAUGGGUUUUAUGGGUAUCAACAAGUCUCCCUUUUGCAAACAGUUUCUACUACUCCCAUGCUGUUCUUUUGUAUAUUAUUAUACCACAUGCAACUGGGGUCCAUAAACAGUGUUGGAAUUGCAUACAUUGCGAAUUGGGACAUAAGUUGGUGCUGCUCUUGUGCCACCCAAAUCAGAGAAGUCUGGAAAUGCCCCUGAUUGUACGGCGGCCCUGAGAGCUCACAUUGUCAAAUUGUUGAAGAUUGUUUGCAUGUAUUUUAUAUGAAGUGUCAGUGAGCUCUCAGGGUCACUGUGGUAUUUGACAAAAACUGACAUUGUGACCUUAGAGGAGAGUGCUUGAUGAGAAGUCAAACAAUCACCAAAGUGCAAUACUCCAGUUCAUCCUGAGGAGGGACGUGUGUAUACCAAAUCAUUAUCAUUCAUUUAUUUAACAUUUCACUCAAAAUCACAAAUCCCAACCCUGUGGUGCUGCACAGAGGAUCACCCAAGUUACCCGGGAACCAUGAAGGUCAACCUGGGUGCCAGGCCACUGAGUAAAAACCAGUUACUCACUACGGGACUGAGACUGACAGCAACUGGUGCCAAACACACUGCAGUUUCUUUAAAUUUAAAAAGUCACAAUUUGCUGCUGAAAAGAGGAAACAGACAGUUCUUUUUUUUUUUUUGCAGAAUUGCCCCCUAUACUGUACCUAAAAAAGAUCAACCACUUCCUGUUUCCCUUCUUCGUUCCACGUUUCCUUUACGUUAAAAAACAGGGUGAAAAGUGAGGCUCAGAUGGAGAACAGAGAUGGUGCUAGAGCUAAAAUAUGUUUUGGUUAACUUUUAGUAUCACCGUUUUUUGAUCUGAUGUGUUUCUGAAACAGGAUGUUGAAUGUAUGGGAUAUCAGUCUGGGAGAGAAGUUUGAGGAUGUCAGGGGAAAGGAUAAUUUAAAGAACUGUGAUAUUAGUUUUUGUUCCAGGUACAGGUACAGCAUUAGGUCAGUCACUAUUUACACUGUUGACUGUUAACUGUUGAGAGGAAGCAACAGAGGGUUUUUUUAAAAAAUGCUUACGAAAUUGAGAUGUUGAGUAAGAGCUCAGUUCUAAGAAUGAGGGGGAGCAAGAGGGGAGGGGACAUGUUUGAAAGUCGUUUAUUGAGGAACUUUAAACUUAAGACGGACGGAGAAAGUCGGUAGUAGCAGUUCUCCUGGAGAUUAAUGAUUUUUUUUUUUCAAAUGAAAAUGAACAUCCAUCAUUUCCUGUUCUUCUGCUUCUCAUCAGCAGCACUAUUUGAUGGAAGCGCUGGACUCGAUCAAUCCCAACCUUUUAUAAAAAUGAAAGGCGAAGAUUUCAGAAAUCCAUUCGCCUUUCAGGCACCGACAGGAAGCAGGAUGUACCUGUGUAGGAACGACUGCAAAAAGGAAGACAUUGUCGUGGAAACAAAUGGGAACAGAGCUAUGAGUGGCAGAUACACCAUUAGAUACGACAGGGUUGAGAAUAAAGUGGUGGUGGUCAUCUUGGAGCUGACCCAGUCUGACGCGGGGUGGUACACAGUCGGUGUGAAUGGGUCAUCACUCGGUCCAUACAGGUUCGAGAUUAAAGUUAAAGAAAUAUGUGAUAGAGUUAUCUUUGGCGAGUCCAGAGUCCACAGCGCGACUGAAGGAGGAAACAUCACAAUCACGUGCCACUUGUUUUCACAACAGCUAAACAGGAAGUUCUUCUGUACAGAGGAAUGUAACACUUUUCUCAUUGACACCAAUGACGUGGAAGCUAUGAGUGACAGAUACAUCAUUGUAUACGGAAGCAAUAUGUUUAAAGUGACCAUCACACAGCUGACCAAGUCUGACUCAGGGUGGUACCAGUGCGGCGUGGGAAGACUGGGCGUAAAUGAAUGCCAGAAGUUUGAGAUCACAGUUACAGGAGGUGUCGGGUUGCGUCCGGUUGUUUAUUCGAUUGUGGUUAUUGUGCUGUUGGUCGUUUGUGUACUACUCCUCUACAAACGGAAGACAAGAAAUGUUGACUAUGUGAACACCAGGGGAACUGAGAGGAACAUGGAGAUUCCCAUCUAUGACGACUGUUCUGCAGUGUCCACACACGAAGAACCAGUCUACCAAGAACUUGAUCCGUGCAGCAUUGAUCGCAGCGUGUACAAUUCACUGGAGAAGUAAUCGAUAACAGUAUUCAGAUAUCAGCAUGUUUUCAUUCUUCAGUCAAAUCUGAACACACACAAACAACUGAAGUAACAUUUUUUGUAGUGUAUAUUUUCUUAAAUCUAAGCAAAGUUUUCAAAAAAGUUUUUUUAUGGUGUAUAUUUUGUGUCAUGACACAGAUUGAUCAUAAUUUAAACUAAUAUGGGCUAAAAAAAAAAAAAACAGGGUCUAGAUAGUAUUUCGUAUUAGACGUGCAGGAUGAAGCUUUAUGGGUGAAGUGCAGCAGAGGUAAGAGGGGAAGCGGGAGGCAGGCGGUGAUCCUGAAGCACAGGAGGUUGGUCUAAAAGGCAAAGACGAGGAAUCAAAAAACGAACAAAAGAGCAAAGUUUGGCCGAAGCGUAGCCCCCCACUCAGGGUGUGGAUGAGCGGUUGCAGAGGGUAGUUACACUGCCGGUUGCUGGGAUGAUGAGAGGAAGGUGAGCUGAUUGAGACCAUGUGCCACACCCAGAGACCGGAUACAGACUGGAAACACACGGAAGGGAAUAAACACACUAUAAGUUUUAUUGGGACUUAGUAUCAAAAACACACGUGGAGUCAAGAGUCACGAGUAAUAUACAAUGUAAAGUAAGUAAGUAAAAUGUAAAGUAAAUGUAAGUAAGUAAAAUGUAGUUAAAGUAAUAAAGUAUCUGUUAUAAGCAGAAUGGUGAGUUAUAGGAACUCUUUGUGAGUAUUAAUAAAAGUGGAUAAAUGACUUUUACUUUAUAAUAAAUGUCACUUUUAGCAGUUUGGUCACAGCAGGCCCAGUUCUCAUAGUUUUGGUGUAUAAAUAAAGUUUCUCUAUCCUGUCCACAUCUUUCUGUUGCAGCGCCACAAUAAGGAAGUGAGUCCUGUGACAGACACACCUGAUGUCUGUUUGAUCUCUUUUUAGAUCACGGAGUUUGUCGUAACAGCCUGUAAAAUGCUGCUGACUGCUGUUAAUAUAUGUGAGAUAUAUUGGAAGAGAGUUGUAGCUACAGUGGGGGUGAUAUUUGUGUGUUAAACAGAUCAUAAUUUAGAUACAGCGAGAGACAAAAAUGUCUGAUUCCUCUCCUCCAAAUCUAAACUGACAAGGCUGAAUACAUUUUUAUAUUACACAAACUUUAAAGUACUUUAAAUGGUUGAGGCAGGAUUAAAACAAACACAAACAAAUAAAAUAAAACGGAAGCAAAUAUCUAACAAUAAUAUAAGAUUAAAGCAAUAAUAAUAAUGAAUAGAAAUAAGAGUGUGCCACAUUACCAUCGUCAUCGUCGUCAUCCUGUAGGUGUAGAUGAAGCGAUAAGCGUUUAAACCACAGAGGGGAAGGGGGAAAUCACAUUAACCAGCUUCCUGAUUGAUUAGACAGACGGAGGCUGGAAGGAUUGACGGGAUACAGGCAGAUUUUUCUUCAUCUGGAUUAAAUUCAGAAUGAAUAUCAACCAUGUUCUGUUCUUCUGCUUCUUAUCAGGUGAGGAAGUUUGAGUAUGUUUCUCCGUACUGUACAAAUGUUGGAAGUGUUGGUUGUGGAUGUUUAUCUUAUAUAACACGUCGCUGCUGCAGUGUCUCCACGAUCUAAUGUAAUCUGUCAAAAAAUGACUUAUUGUUCAUCGUGAUGUGUUACAGUAGGAACAUUUAUUAAAGGAUAGGUUCACAUUUUUGCAAUUCUGUAUUAAAACAGUAGUCAGGUGUUCAUAUUAACAUUGCAACAAGUUUUCUUGCUGUAGUCAUUCCUCCUGUUUAUACCGGCCAGUAAAAUUCACAGUUCCAAAGUUAUCUGAAGUUGACAGUUAAAUUUUAUUUAUACCAAAGGUACUAGGAAAUUCCCUCUUUGUGUUCCUGUCCCUCCUCCGCAGCUCUGUACUCAAACGCUGGAAAUAAUCGAUGUUGUCCGGGAAAUCUUUAUUUUAGCCCCUCACUCAGAUCGCAUAUGUAAAACCAGUAAUACCAGACGGGAAUGGACAUCCUGUAGACAGUAAUAUCUACAUGCAGACGGCCUAUUAAAGAUCACAUUUGUUGUUGUGGUUUAAAAUAAAUUCAACUUGAUUUGAACUAGAGGAAUAUCGUCUGAGACUGCUACGCUGAGUGCCCCAUAAACUCUGACCCCCUACGAUGCCUACCAGUAAAUUAUAAGAACGUUUGUGAGCAAGUGCCUGGAAAAUGUCCUGGAAAAUGAUUUCUUAAAAAAAGUGUGGGAACCCUGUUGGAUGUUUGGUCUUCACUGUGAAGAGUUUGACACUAGAAGGAUGUUUUCACAUUCAUCUGCUGAGAGUGGAAGGUUUAUCUGAGCUCAAUGAAAACCUGUUUUUUUAAGAGGCGAGGCCUACGAGCAUAAUUUGUGACAUCAUUAAGUAUGAUAUAGAAACUUGAAGCCUAUAGGACUAUCCUGUGUCGUCCUCCGCUGCAUUUUUGUUUUAAAUGUGCAAGCUGGGAGGGGGCGAGCAGAAUUUGGGGGUUUAGUUCCCCUUUAAACUCGCUAAUGGCUGCCUCUGUCUCAUAUCUGUUUCUCUGUUUGUGAUGGAUUAACUGUCAUUAACUUGCCGUCUCUUUUAAAGUAAAUCUGCAAUCCAUAACAUCCUGAUCAUUCGUAUUCGCUAUUUUCCUUCUUCUCAGCAGCAUUGUGUGGUGGGAACAGCGGGCUGGUCGAUGCAGAAACAUUCACUCACACUGAAGGAGAAAAGAUUAUAGUUGCCUGCCACUUUAGUGUGUUUGGAAGAAGAAAGUUCCUCUGUAAGGACGAGUGUAAUAAGGAAAACAUUCUGGUUGAAACGGCAGGCGACAGUGCUCAGAGUGGCAGAUACAGCAUUCUGUAUGAAGAGGGAACUUUUCCGCUGUCUUCUACGGUUCUGUAUGUGAGCAUCGCACAGCUGACCAAGUCUGACGCCGGACGGUACAGGUGUGGUUUGGAAAGACGUUUCUUACCUGAUACACACUGGGAGUUUGACAUCAGAGUUACAGACGGUGAGUUUCUCCUGAGAGAGUUUGCCCACCCACUUUUAUCAACAUAAUGAGGAAACUAGAGGGCUGCACAAUUAAUCGAAAUGUUAUCCAAAUCACUGUAUGGCCAAGUGCAAUGUGUAAUUCACAAGAGCUACAGUUGGUUGAUGAAGGUAAAGCGAGACAGAACAGCAUUAUAAUGAAGUACUGUAGUGCUGCAGAGACAUCCUGGUC